AUGUCUGACCACAUCUGUCCACCUAAUUUUGGUUCGCCCAGGCCCCGCGCACCGCCGCCAGCCGCUCCGAGUUCACCAGCACCGUCAUCGUCCGGCGCCAAGAGUUACACACACUGCACUGUCAAUCUCCACUACGCUGCCACAGAGCAUAUACACAGAGUGGACGUUGCUAGCAGCGUGACCCCUCUGGCCGCGAAGUGCCCUCGGCCUCCUAGAGGCUGUGGCUCGAUCUCUGCGCGGCGCGAAACGCGUGCGGCGGAGUGGUGGCCGUCCGCACGAGCCGCUCUUUAUGUAUGCCCGCAAAAAGUGCGGCCCAACGGCCACACACUCCUGCCGAGUCUUAAUACAUGGUUCCUAACGAUAUUCCUCAUCGGUGACCAGCGCAGCGGGUAUGUAGAU